UGGCACACUCAAUUAGACUCUUCAUCCUUUUAUCUGUUCUGACACGCGUUGAACCUCUACCAAAAUGGAUUACAAUCACUAUGAAAACAACGCGGGAUGGGGGUCCCCACAGCCGAAUCAGAGAUAUCCUGGAUAUCCCCCAAAUUUCUUUCCUGCACCCAGCUCGCAUCAUGAGCCACCAUACGACCCGUACUACCCGCACCACUUUCAUGCAUACGGCGCAGGAUAUUGGCACCAGAGCCCAUCGCAAUUUCCAAACAUGCCUCCACAGUUUCACCAGCCCAGAGGCUAUGAGCCUCUCAACCCCACUGGCAACGAGGGCAGGAUUGCCGUCACCAACAGCAACUGUGGCAGAGCCGCCACGAGCAACUUUGGUAACACGACGAUGACCAACUGCCACAAUAACAACCAAGGCAAUCAUCAUGCCGAUAAUCGCGGACGCAUUGAAACCCGCAACAGCCAUGAGAAUCGAACCACACGUGUUGGCGAUGUUUCGAGUAAUGGUGGCAAUGCGAAUGCAAACACCUCCCGCAAUGGCUUCAUGACGAACGCAAAUGUCAGGGGUGGCACCAAUCACAAUUCUGGCUAUCAGCAUGGUGGUGCCGGGGGUUCUGUCAACAUUGGACGUGGCGAUUAG